AGGCCCUAACGUGCUUAUAUAUAUGCACAUAUAUGCUGCAGAAAUAUUUACCAAUCAAACUCGAUCCAGUUAACGAUUCUCUUUUCCAACCACGUACAGGCUUAAUCAACUACUGCUUCCAAGAUAUCAACUGCGAAAAUGCCUCUUUCACUCAAGAUCGAGAAAGAAUAUGUUCAAAACUCAGAAAGAGUAAAAUCUGUGGAUUUUCAUCCAACUGAGCCAUGGAUUCUUGCAAGUUUGUAUUCAGGCAGUCUUUGUAUCUGGAACUACCAGUCACAGACACUGGAGAAGUCUUUCAAGGUCACUGAGUCCCCAGUCAGGUCAGCAAAGUUCAUUGCACGCGAACACUGGGUGGUUGCUGGAGCAGAUGACAAGUUUAUUCGGGUAUACAAUUUCAACACACUGGAUAAGACCAAAGAAUUUGAGGCACACGAAGAUUUCAUCAGAUCUGUGGCCGUCCAUCCUACCCUUCCCUAUGUGCUGUCAGCGUCCGAUGACAAAGUUAUAAAGCUCUGGGACUGGGAGAAGGGUUGGGUCUGUACUCAGACUUUCGAGGGGCAUUCACACUAUGUAAUGCAAGUUGCAUUCAACCCAAAAGACACCCUUACUUUUUCAAGUGCAUCCCUUGAUGGAACCAUAAAGGUAUGGAAUCUGAGCUCUCCUGCUCCAAUCUUUACGUUGGAAGGCCAUUCGAAGGGUGUAAACUGCGUUGAUUACUUCACUGGCAACGAUGAAACAAAGCUUUUAACUGGUUCUGAUGAUUUUACUGCUAAGGUGUGGGAUUAUCAACGCAAAAGUUGCCUGCAAACCCUAGAAGGCCACCAGCACAAUGUUACAUUGAUAUGUGCUCAUCCAGAGUUUCCCGUAAUUAUUACUGGUUCAGAGGACGGAACUAUUUGCAUAUGGGAUGCCACCACCUAUAGGCUCGAGAACACAUUGAACUAUGAUCUCGGAAGAGUUUGGGUGGUUGGAUACAAAAAAGGAUCAGAUCGGGUUGUAUUUGGUUGUGACAAAGGAACAAUUAUGGUCAGUCUGAAGAGUACUUAGAAGCUGAGAUACGGUGAAACAACUAUAUAUUUGGGGAUGAGAAGUACGUACUUGGAGGAAUGAAGUACUGAUCAUCCGCUGCUGCUUACUGCUCUACUCCUGGUCCCCUGUACUACUGUUUUCUUAUGAAUAAAUUUGUCUAUCUUCGAGUUGAAGAGCAACACUAGCUAGCUAGAUCAAUGAAUGAAGCGUUUGAUCACCCUACCCCUGCUGCUGCUGCUGUUUUGAUUGUGUGAUCUGAAAUAACUGCCACAAGGAAUUACUUCUUGUCGUGUCCAUAGAUAUUAUGUUAUAGCUACCUCCAAGGAUAUUAAUGUACUCUUUCUACUGUUUAUAUAUGCAUGUGGUGUGUUUCUUUGAA